AUGGAUGUCACAACGAGCACAGUUGUUACUGAGGGGGUUACGUUGGACCCCACGGAGAGUUCAACAUUCGAAUUCAGUGACUACACCCAGAGGGUCCUCGUAGCCACUAUGUUCCUUGUCAUAGCCUUGCUAGGAAUCUUUGGUAACACGCUUGUGAUACUGGCCGUGCUUCUGUCCAAGAAAGUCCGCACGGAUACCAAUGCCUUCGUGGUGAACCUGAGCGUGGCGGACUUUCUGACCUGUCUGGUCCUCCCGUGGAAUGCCGUGGCUUUGCUUGGCCGGGAGGGUCUACCGGUCGGUGUUUGGGUCUGCAGCAUCACCGCUGUUGUUCAGAACGCCACGAUCGGCUGUAGCAUUUUCUCGCUCGUCGCCAUCGCCUUGUUCCGAUUCCUGCUGAUCACACGACCUGCGACAACUUACCAUAAAGUCUACACACCCAAGAAGAUCAUCAUCUGGCUGGUUUUGAUAUGGUUUGUGCCGUUGUUCAUCACCUUGCUACCGUCUUUCAUAAACAUCAUCGAAUUCACCUACAGCCGAAUUUACCACAUGUGCAUGUCCAUCUCUUCAAAGGACAGCUCGCGUACCUACAACACCAUCGUAGGAGGCAUUAUCUACCCCAUUCUGUUGAUCAUCAUCUUCGUCUGUUACGUACUCAUCUGGAGACAUCUCAAACGACACUCUAGGAGGAUGGCCACGGUCCACCAAGAAGACAGCGUCCUCACACCCAGCAGCAUCCCAACCACCACCUCAGCCUCUUUGUCGGCCGUCAACUCCCAGCUGACACGCCGACGGAACGAAGUCACCAAGAACAUGUUCUAUGUCGUCUGUGCCUUCAUCCUGUGCCUUACCCCAUACGCUGUCGUCGUCAUAAGCGGCUACAGGCCGGCCCUACCAUACUUCUUCGCUUUGUUCUUUGUCAACAGUUGUGUCAACCCCAUGAUAUAUGCAACCAAGCACCGGGAUUUUAAGACCAUAUUCGGUUGCAUCUUGCGACGGCAGUGGGCAGCUAUCCCAGAACCUUCCGAGUUCCUGAAGUUCCUGCAACGAAACAAGCGUUGUGGAGCAACCGCGGACAUAUAG